AAUCAAAUGUUUGAACGUAUUACAUUAUUAUUUAUGGAACAAGCAGCCUAUCCACCAAAUCAUUAUAUACGAAGAUGUCCACAAAGAAAAAUUCAUUUAUUUACAUUAUGUCAAAUGGUACAAUUAGGCUUAAUGUGUUUUUUUGGUUUUUCACCAUGGCCAUAUAUAAAAAUGGUUUUUCCGGUUAUUGUCAUACUUUUGUUACCAUUCAGACAUAAAAUAGUACCAAUUGUGAUCGACAAUAAAUAUUUGGAAGCACUUGAUGGCGAAAAUCAAUAGAGAAAAGUAGAAACAAAUUAAUUAACCACAAUCUCAACUGGGGAAAAAAAUCAUACAAACAUAUAACACAGACACAAAGUAUACGAUUAUGUAUCAACCAU